UCAAAAACUGAACAGUCGAACGCUGGCAGCAGUCUCGGAGCAAAUUUUGAGAACAAGACAAAAAAGUGUGUGUACGCGUUUUCCUUCCGAUCCGUUUGAAGUAAACCUGGAGAAGCGUACGUUCGUUUAUCCAUAAACUCGGCAAAAUGAGCUCGUCGGUUAUGUUAUUUGCUUGUUCGAAGUGUUUUUCUCGCCAUCCGUUCGAGGAAUUAUCUCCAGGCCAGCAGCUUUGCAAGGAUUGCCGGGGAUCGUAUCCAAUAGUAAAAUGCACAUACUGCCGGGCAGAGUUCCAGCAGACAUCCAAAGGAAGUACUUCGUGCAAGAGAUGCGAGGCAAAUGUCAAACAGUACGGGAAACCAUCUGCCUGCGAACUCUGCAACAUCAUCGCUGCCUUCAUCGGCUCUAAAUGCCAAAGGUGUACAAACUCCGAGUCAAAGUACGGACCAGCGGUAACAUGCGAUCAGUGCAAACAACGAUGUGCUUUUAAUAGGCCAGAUUAUAAGGUCGACGGUAAGCUGCUCUGUUGGCUAUGCACCCUGUCCUACAAGCGUGCCCUAACGAAGGCCCGCCAGGCGGAGAGUGACCGCCGUCGGGCUAAGAAACGUGGCCCCGAUAGUGGUCCUCCACCGACAACGUCUGGGUCCGCCGCGAAUUCCGCUGGUGGAGGAGGAGCUACAGGAGCGGGUAAUGGUAGCACCGGUAGUGGCAUCACACAGCCACUGAGCUUGUCUUCGUCCGUUGUUAGUGGAAACUCGUCGAACAGAGGAUCGCGCCCAGAUCGGGGUCCAUCGGACAAGAGCAACAGCAGCAGCAGCGCAGAGAGUCGUGCUGCCGCGUCAAACCUAGCACCGUUGAGUGACGUUGCGCCUGUGCCAAUGGAAAUGCCCGAAAGUGUUCCUAUGGGGGGCUCUGGGAGUGGCGGUGGGAGUGGAUUGGAUCGUGUAGACAAAAACGAUAAUGGACGGCACAGCAAAAAAGCACGCAUGGACAUCAAACAUUUGAUGCCGGAAAUUCCGGAAAAGGUCGCCAAGAGUGCCCACACCAAAUACGUCGAUCCACACAGCUCUGACCAUGUGAUCGCGAUGACACAGCUGAAGGAAACGAUAGCUACCCUGCAGAGGAAGAUCAAACAAAAGGAUGGUAUUAUUCUGGAGAAGGAGAAAGAGAUUAGCGCCUGGAAAGGAAAGCAUUUGUAUUUGGAACAAGAUUUGAUGAGAAAGUACAAGGACAUGGAGAAAAAUUACGAGUUCAAAGUUGAUGUUUUAAACAAAAAGCUCAAAUCACAACUGCUGGAGAUAGCACAACUGUCGAAAGCGGCCAAAGAUGCUGCCGAGAAGAAGAAGAAACACAUGGGAUUCUUGGCCACUACGAAGUUACAUAAGCUCAAAACAGAGUCGAAGGAUAAGGAACGCGAAAAGAGCAGUGGUCGCAAUCGUAUCAUUGAGGAUGACGAUGACGAGGCAGAAAACGAAAGCGACAAAGCGUCUGAGAAAGGAUCUGGAUCGGGAAGGACAACGCCAAAGGAAACUGGCAAGGAUAGUCCUCGCGAUGUUGACUCUGGAAAGGAAAGCCCUCGCGAGUCCGACAAAGAGGAUGAUAAGGAAGACGAACAGGAUGGGGGAAGCAAGAAAGAGAGUGACUCGGACAAGAGCAAGGAUGAUGAAGUCAGCAAAAGUAACGGUUCCGUCAAGAGCUGCGCGGACUCGGACAAAGAAAACGACGAUAAGAAGGAGGAGGCCAAAAAUGAUGAAAAGGAAGAAAAGGAUCAAGGCUCGGAACGUGGUUCCGAAAAAGGAUCUCGUCGCAAUUCCGAGCACGGUUCUGAGAAAGGAUCCGACAACGAAUCAGACAAAGAGUCAGACCAUGGUUCGGAUAAGGAUUCCGAUCGUGGCUCUGAGAAGGGGUCCUUGAAGGGAUCCGAUCGUGGUUCGGAUAAGGGAUCGGAAAAGGGUUCUGAGCACGGAUCGGAAAAGGGUUCCGAGCGCGGAUCAGAUAAAGGAUCAGAACACGGCUCAGAGCAUGGUUCGGACAAGGAGAGCGAUAAUGAAUCUGAUGAUCGGUCCGCGAAAGGCAGCGAUAAGGACAGUGGGUCAGAUAGUGGUUCUGAUCGUGACAGUGAUCACGAUUCAGACUAGAUUGAGUUACUGCUCUUCAUUCAACGAUCGUUUUAUUACAAACGGACAACAGUAAAUGUUUUUCUCAAAAAUUUUAAACUACGAUUAAUUAGGAAUAAAUUAGUUUUUUUUCAGGCUGUCGUUGUUCAUUUUAUCGCGUCAUCAAGUCGUAUCGGUUUUUAGGCCCAAAUGGUUUCUUACAAAUUUAACUUGAACUAUCACUAGGUGUUGUACGACAAAAUAGCAGCAUUACUAUGUGAAGUAAACUCUAAAAUCCGAAUGAAGAAUAAAUAAGCUUUGAUAAGAAAUGUUACACAUCAACGACAACCAGUACAUUAGAAUACUGCAUGUUCAUAGAACCCAACAUAUUUCGUUCAAAUCUUCUGAUUCAUCUUCAAUUAACUGUCACUAGAAAAAAUAUGGCUAGGCGCUUCAUAAUAAAAAAAACAUUUCAGAAUGACUACAUAGAAACAUAAUCUAGAAAGGUUAAUCGUUAGAUGUUUCCACCCAACAGAUGUAAUUUAUAAUUUAAUUUUAGCAACAAUAGCGUGUCAGAGGAAAACGUAAACGUAAGAAUUGUAACAUGAGAUAUACUUAAUUGAAAAAUAAAUAAAAACAACAAGCGG